GUAUAUCUGAACACACAGCCUCCACUAUCAUGUCUGGUACAACAGAUGCUAAUGUAAUUGCUGAUUCAAAUGUCAUAACUGGUUGCCAGACCCAAAGUCUAAGUGUUGAGGAUGGUACGAUGGAUCAAAGUGUCAUCAGGUCUGACAAAAGAGAACACAAUGCACCAAAUAAGAAUUCCAAAUCAAAUCAAGGAAUCAAACACAAACAACUGGGUUAUGAAGGUGUAGAUCUAAGUCAUGAGACUCCAGGUCAAUCUCAGAUAGGUCAACGCAGUUCUGAGCCUGGGGCCAAGAAGAAAAGACUAGAUGUUCAGACUGGUCAUCCCACGAACAAUCUUACGGGUAAUCUAU